GGCACAUGAUUGAGAUUCUACUGUAUAAAGCUAUUAAUAUAGGUUAAUUGAGGCCUUUGCACUCAGACUUUUCAAAAACUCAUUUCAUAAUACUUUCUUAGAUUGGAUUUUGUUCCUAUAGGAAUAUUUUUGUUCAAGACAUCAUGUUUUACACCAUAACAGUCAUUAAACUUCCCUCAUUAGCUGAAUAUUUUAUUACUGUUAUGAGUCACUGGGUAGUUUUUAUUUUCUUAUAAUGUUAAAUAUCUAGGUAGAACUAUGAGAGAAAUAAUACCCUAUAUAGGUAGAGGAUCUGCAAUCAAAUAAAAAGCUCCUCUAUAAAAUGAAAGUCUCAAUGGAGCAAGUUUUUAUCUACAAUAUCAUUCAAUGUGUUUAUUUUUUAGAAUAUGACCAUGUGUUCUUUUAUGCUUUUUGAGCAUAAUAUGCUAACAAUGGCCCAUGUUUAGCAUUGUGAUCAUGAAGUGCUUAACAACAAUUUGACCAUCACUGAUUUCAUGCUUAUUGGUUCUUGCUGUCACUUUGUUAACAAGGAGAGUUGGAAAAAACAAGGCAUUACUAUUACAUGUUAUAGCACAUUGCCGACUAAUGAGGAAGAGAGACUAUCUUGAAUGACUUUCUUUCUUACGCUAUAUUAGUUUUUUAAUUUAUAUUUUGUGUGAGUUGUUCUUGUGUUAGAUCGUUGUAACAAGGUUUCAAGAAGUUCGUGGGAGACAAGAAGCAGCAAAAGUGAUUUCUUGUGUGUAGUGGAAUAAAGUUUACUGCCACAUCUGGAUCAAAUGUUAUAAGUACCAGUAUCAUCGUGUGUCUUGAGGGGAAUAAAUAUUUCUACCAUAUCUGAGUCAGAUGUUUUCUCGCAGUAUGGAUGUUGUCCCAAUUCUGUCAUUUUGUUUCGUGGUAUUGACUCCGCCCAUUAUUUGUUCUAGAAGAAUGCAUGGGUUCUCUUAGCUGCGAAUUUGUUCAGGAAUUAGAUGCUGCUAAACAAAGGGAUAUCAGGAAACAAUGUUAUAUUUGCUGCAGUGCUCAAUAUAACAUUGCUGCAGAAUGUGCCGGGUGGAGACAUACAACCGGAUGUCUUUAACAGACUAUCAUAUCUUUUAAAAGUUGAGGUCAGGCGUGCACACUUCAAUGACUUCGUUCCUUCCUAUAAUGUUAUUGACAUUUGUUUCGACGAGAAAACCAUCUCGCAAUUCAAGGAAACCAAUUCGACAUUUUUCUUGGUCCAGAUUAAAACUUCCUUUUGCUCCUGACAUGUCGAGGGCUAGGAAUUCUAUUGAGAUGGUGUUCAUGGAUGAACAUGUAAGUCAAAGUCUGAUAAUUCACCACAUAAUUCAUAUAUAAACACACACACACACACUACGACCAUUAUGUAAUUAGAGCUUGGAUGAUGUUUUUCUUUUGUGUGUAUCAUAUUGGUGUACGUUCCCAACAGGAUUUGUGUUUUUUUUGUGUUUAUACUAUAAAAUCAGUAUAUAGUA